AUGGUGCUGCGCUACCUCGAGGAGUUCGGCGCGCCGCACGUGCUUUUGCUAGACGCGGACGCGGCCCUCGUCCAUCGUGAGCGAGACACGGUGGCGAACCUGAUCUCGGAACUAGACUCGGCUGGGAAGGAUCUGCUCUUAGCCAACGAGGACUACAAGAAGCGCGGUGGCGCCGACAGGAUCAAUUGCGCCAUGAUGUUCGUGAAGAACACGGCGUUCACCAGGCGCCUCUUCGCAAGCCUUGUGCGAACGCACGUGGAGGGCGGAUCGCGAUGCAAGAGCGAGUGUAAUUGCCUACAGGAGUGGCUCAAGAGCGAUCCCGAGCUGAAGCAGCGCCUGCUGGUGGUCAGUGGCCUCCGGUACAAUCGGCAGGAGUGCACUUUUCGCUGCUGCACCGCCUGCCCCACGAACACCGCGCUGGACGGCCUGAACCAGACUCCGCGGGACGAUCCGACGAUGGAGGUGCUUCACUUCGUGUCUGGGAACUCCCGCGGGUCGGUGCGGCACUUCCUGCAGGAGCGAGUGGCGGGGCGUGAGGUGGCGAAGCAGUUCGUCGCAGAGCGAGUGCCCGACCGGUGCCCCGGCGGGCAGCCAUAG